AGAGACGUGGCCCUGACGGGUGUCUGGCCAGGUGGUGGGGACAGUUGGGAACUGACAGCUUGAGAGCGGUUCUCCCGCGUUUAUGGGUAAUUCCUGGCCUCUAGGGGUGGGGGAGUGUUUUGUUGAGACCUGAGUGGGGGGCCCUUCUUGCCCAGGGGUUCAUGUCUGCAGAUAUUCACCCCCACCACACACUUACCGGGUGGGGUAAAAGGUUUACAGUUGCAAGUACAUGGAACAGGGAGUUUAUUCUUAUACUAUUUUUUAGUUAUUGUAGUAUUUUCCACACGAACAACUGUAGACCUACUUUUGCCCCACCCAGCGCACACACACACACACACACACACACACACAGGCCUUAGAGGUGCCAGAGGGUUUAACACUUCAGCUGAUCUUUUGGCUAGAAUUUUAUGCCCUAGGAAAAUGCAGAUUCCUGGAGGGUAUUUCUUUAAGGCUUCUAAGUCACUUAUGCUUCAGUGGAAGUUAAGUUUUAUGCUUUUUUCACAAUGGCUUUUAGUGGCCGAGGGCUUCUGGAGGAGGUGGUCUGAGGGCAGGUGGGAGCCAGGCUGGGCUAGGUUGGGGUGCUGGAGCGCUCAAGACCAGGCCUGCCGGGGAGGCUUGGCCACUGGGGUUUGCCGGCCAGGAAAGGAGAGGAAGCAGGAGCCGGCCGAUGCCUCCUCCUGCCUGUGCCCUGGACAGGGGCUAGACCUACCUGAAUCUCCUUCCCCUUCCUGUCCCUGCCUGAGUGGGUGGUCCAGGGUAUUUCGGUGGUGUAGGGCCGUCUAGACCUUCUCCAUGAAGUGGGGGAGCGGAGGAGGGAGGAUGACUGAGCCCCAGCUUGAAUGAGCCUUAGGGAUGCUGAGGAGGGAUGUGGGGGUUGCUUCUUUUUGAUCCAGCCUUUGACUUUUAGAGGUGCCCUGAGCCAUUCACUCCCAUCCCAUCCCCAAGGCUGUCUGUCCUGCCGGUGUGUGCCCCCAGGUGGGUGGAGGCCAGGCCAGGCGGCUGGCAGCCCUGGCUUUGCUGAGGCCUGCCCCUCCCCCGCACGCUCACCCACACCUUUGAUUAGGAGGCAUUGGCUGCACUUGUGCUGAGUUCAGGCCUUCUGCGGAGGGUGAAAUCUGUCGAGGAGGCACUUUUCUGUGUGAUCUCUUCAGGAAGUCACCGCUGUGCUCAGCAUUGGGGGUGGCGGGGGCAUGGUGGUGGGAAAGCUGGUGCCAGGGCUUUUCCUUUGGGACCACAAUGGUGGGACCCAGGGCAGUGUCCCUGCACUCUGAUUCCCACUCCGCAGGGAGGGCCUGGCCCCAGGGUAGGCAUGGCCCUGAGGACCUUUUUGCCUGUGGUUCUGGUCUGCCCAUCUGCUGCUGCUCUGGAAGAACCAGGCACUAGAGCCUCUGGCCUGCCUGAGACCCUGGGUGGCCUGGCUGUGGAGAGACACCUCUGGCCUCCUGCUGCAAGGCUGGGUGGGGUGGGAUCUGCCGUGGAGACCACUUGGUGUAUCUACUUCCCCAGCCCACACCUUAGUUCCUUCUGAGGGUAAGAAGUACCUUCCUCCCCCAGGCCAGCAUUGCCUGGAGUUCUUGUGGCUUUCCGCAAAAGGGAGACUGUAGCCUGCCUCAGCCAUCCGGCCACUUGCUCCCUGCAUCUAACCUGGAAAGUAGAGUGCAAAGUUGGGGGAGGGGGGGAGCAGUCUCGUGGUGGCUGGCUGAGCCAGGGGUCACAGGACUAGGUGUGCAAAGGGAAGCAGAAGGUGAGGGUGGGCUGUGGGAAGGGUGAUCACGUGGGUGGGAGGGGCCUUUGGUCCAACCACCCAGCCCUUUUGCUUUUGUCCCCUGCCCUGUGGGCACUGACUCCUGACAUAGGGCGAAAGAGUGGCCAUUGGCCCAUAGGGGGCUGAGCAGGCCCCCUGAAUGGCUGUGAGCACUCUUGUGAAAUACCCUGGACAGGGAAGGCAGGGGCGCGAGAUGCUGCAACCCAAAGCCACAGGAUGGUUACUCCAUCAGCAGCUGGGUGCUGCGCCUGCCCCCUGGAGGGUGGGGGAGCUCCCGCCAAAGUGCUGCUCUUCAGAGUGAGAGGUCUCUGGGAGAAUCAGGACCCCCCCCCUUCCUCCCCUCUGCCCGAGUCCCCAGUGGGGAUACCCCCCCAAGCCUUUGUGAGAAAAGGGCUUGUCCCAGGCCGCCUUCGGAGAGAUGGCUGUGGGAGGUAGGACCCUUGAGCACACACGUGCAGGGUUGCUGGCCCUGGCCGUCACCUGCUGUUGGCCAGGCUGGCCUUUCUGGCCCCAACAGCUUUCUGCUCUGGCUGCUGGUCCCCUGGGGCUGUGUUGGCUGGCAGCCUCUGGAGUGCCAGGCUGGUGAGGGAGCACCAGGGAUGUGCUGAGUCAGCAUGACUCGCCAGGAACGGCUGCUCUGGGGCGCACACCGGGGUUAUUUUUAAAGCUCUGGGCUUCCUUCUAGGCUGGCCCCUCCCGCACCCUUCUGAUCUCUCCCCUAGCCCCUCUUCUUGCCUCUGCCUCCCUCAUAGCCCUUCAAUUCCCCUUUGUCCCUCGGACCCUCCUGGUUUCCCACCUGGUUUCCUAGGGGCAGGGUAGACAGGGAGCAGCCCAGCUCAGGAGAGGCAAGGCUGAAGGGGUGUCCUCGGGCCAGGUAUGGGGAAUGGGCAGGUGGGGGCCAGGCUGGGGGUGCGGAGGGGAAAGGGUGGUCUCCAGGGCCCUGACCUCUGUCCCCUGUCUCACAGAGUGCCUGCUUGCUGUGCCCCCGGGUUAUGACGACCCCCAAUAAAGGAAACAAGGCCUUGAAGGUGAAGCGGGAGCCGGGCGAGAAUGGCACCAGCCUGACGGACGAGGAGCUGGUGACCAUGUCGGUGCGGGAGCUGAACCAGCACCUGAGGGGCCUGUCCAAGGAGGAGAUCGUCCAGCUGAAGCAGCGCCGGCGCACGCUCAAGAACCGGGGCUACGCGGCCAGCUGCCGGGUGAAGCGGGUGACGCAGAAGGAGGAGCUGGAGAAGCAGAAGGCGGAGCUGCAGCAGGAGGUGGAGAAGCUGGCCUCGGAGAACGCCAGCAUGAAGCUGGAGCUCGACGCGCUGCGCUCCAAGUACGAGGCCCUGCAGAACUUCGCCAGGACCGUGGCCCGCGGCGGGCCCGUGGCGCCCGCGCGGGGCCCCCUUGCCGCCAGCCUGGGGCCCCUUGUCCCUGGCAAGGUGGCCGCCACCAGCGUCAUCACAAUAGUCAAGUCCAAGACGGACGCCCGGUCGUAGGGACUCACGCUUGCCCAGGCGGGUCUGUGGUGGGCCGUUAGGCACAUGGCGAAUCGGCAGCCCUGCCCCCUUCCUCCCCUGUUCCCCUCCUCUCCUACCUCCUCCCUUCCCUGCAAAGCACAACCUGCACCCCAGGGGCGCCGGGCUGAGCCCCUUGAUCUCGUCGUUGUCAUCGUGUGUUUUGUACAUUGGGAUUGGUCAGUUUGGCGGUGAUGUGGGGUCGCCCCUGCCCCCUUGUACCAAGGCCAUGUGGGCUUGGAAUCCAGAGUUGGCCCUUUGAGAAUAGGUAGAAAGACUAAGCAGGCUGUGGGACUUGGGUGUCCCUGAGGAGGGAGGGCUGCUCCCUCCCCCAAGCUGCCCACGGGCUCCCAAGGCUGCCAGGCUGGCGGGGCUGAGUGAUUCACUUGCAGCUUGGCCAGCGGGCAUAGAUGGGCUCUGCCCCGAGGAGCAGGGUGUCCUUGAGGGCCCUGGACAGGCGGGCCACCAGCUGGGUGCCGGGGAGAUGGGGCGUCGUGUGGCUGUGGGCCGGGGGCCUGGGGCGCUCGCCUGGCGCAUUGCACUGAACAAGACCAAAUCACUGGUUGUGAGCGUACGUGAAGGGUGUGUCCAGUGUCCUGCGAUGGUCCCGUGUCACUGUUUACAUGACCUAUUUGUGUGGUUACAUAGCCCUUUAUUUAAAAGAGAGAAGUUCCUUUUACGAAGUUAUUAAAUUAUAUGUUUAAAAGCUAAAGGAAAAAAAAAAAAG